AUGAGGAAAGCCUUAAAGACCUUAAUGACGGCGAACCCAUUAAACACUGCACUGCUUUGCCUUCUCUGUGAAGACUUUCAAGGUAUUUUACCUGAAAGUAGAACUCAGUUGUAUGUGGAAGUAGUACAAUGUGUUCUUAUCAGAUACAGGAAAAAGAAAGGUCUAUCAGUCAAAAAUGAUCAGGAUUUGAUUGAAGUCUACAAAGAUCAGUUGAAACGCCUUGGCUUGAUAGCUUUAAACGGCCUCUAUGAAGACGACAUGUACUUUGAAGACAAAAAGCUUUCAAAAAAAGAUGCCGACCUACCUGAGGGGGGUGAAGGGGGGUUCCUACUCACGAAUAACUAAAAUUAGAUAGUAGAAAUAACGCAUCAAGGGGAUUAAAAUUCCGUGUUCACGUUCCACGGAAAUUUCCGAAGUAAAAGGACAGUCAGUGCAUGGCUGGACCUGUUCAGGAUGCCGCUGUCUUUCGCUUUUUGUGCCUCCCGCACAAGUAACACAGAGAAGUGACGGAAGUCAGGUAAACAUACAAUGAAAUGUAGGUGUAGGUAAACUGAUGAUAGCGGAGCUCUGGCGCGCGAAGCGCGCCUGCGGAGCACCAUGGGUAAGUAAAUCUACCCAUCCCAGAAAAUUUGGUAAUCACGAGACCGUACACCGCCCUCAGCCCGCCCGUCCGUCCGCACCACAGGGCAACCAAUGUUCAAUCACACUUUCUAGUUUGGGAGCACAGGAAGACUGAUAUUGCAGACAUAUUGCACAUCAAUCUUGUGAUCAAUUGACAGCUGUCAAAACAGGGUAUCCGCUGACCAGUAUCACCUGAUCAUAUCGCGGGCUCAGGUGUCGACCCAUCGAGGUCGAGUAUCUUUUUAAAGUUAUCCGCUGACAAGUUACUAGUUUUCAAAUGAUUGCAGGCUCAAGUUUAAUUUUUCAAUUCAUAUGAAUUAUGUUGUGUUUUAUAUGUGCCGCACAAUUAAAAUUUUGAUUUCAAACUGACCUCGGAAGCUAAGAAUUAAGCCAGUUUUUAUAGGCAGGGAGGACAUGCUAGUUGCUUUUGACUUUUCUCACCAAGGUCACGCGUUGGUCACGCUCUACGUCCAAUUUUUAUACUCUGAUUGGUCAAAAUUUGACAGGUGAGUUCACGCGGAAAAUUUAUGCAGCAUCUUGAAACUUGUUUACUUUGACAGCUGAAGCUGACAGAGUUUUGUGUCAACUUUGUGAUGUUUUUAACUGUCUUUUUCCACUAAAUGUACAAAGUGAAAUUCAGCUGCUAUCAAGAGUCUUCUGUUAUUCAUGGCUAGUUUGUUUAUUGGGUUUUUGGUUGAGAAAUACGUCGCUUUGGCAAAGUCGGAAAUCCGAUUCGGAUGGCAUCGUUUUCGUUUUUCACCUUGCUUGAUGCGUAAGACGGUUGAAAAGUCUGAAGCGGUUCUGGCCUUACUUGAUAGUUUUCAGUGCAUCUCAAAAGGUAAGCCUGAGUAAUUAUUGUAUUUGUUUGUUUUUUAUAUCUAAUUUAAUGAAGUCGAGCGUAGUUUACGCGGCUAUUUGGUUUAUGCACGUUUGUAAGAUUUGAGACAAUGAUCUGACCGAGAGUGACCGAGUAUCAGGUUUGAUUAUCAGCUUAUGGAACUUUAAAAAGCCUUUAGACAUUUUCUCACCGCAAAUAGAAAGAAAACGUUCCAAAGAAUAUUUGGUUACAAUUCUGGCUGUAAAAGAAAGCUUUGAGCGAUUUUCUUGCCUCGAGUUCGUCUUUGAAAAAAGCAAACACCGGGAAGCCGGCUUAAAACGUAAACAAGGAUUUUCAGAGACACUUUACAUGUGUAAUACUUGUCUUCGUGAAUGAAAAUUGUUGUCUCUGUAUAUGUUUCACCGAAUUAUUUUCCCUUUCUUUAUUGAUUGUAAGUAGUCUCUUUUGCAAUUUUAAUCGCUGUGCCGUUUGUUUUCAGUCGCUCAUGAACAUCGCUUGCAAGAGUAGUCAAAAUGCCGCGCGUAUCAAACGCUUUUGAAGAUUACAGAUCUUUAUAAUAAAUUCUUUAUUGUGUUGAAGCGUAUAACUAUAUUAAUCUUAAUUUAAACAGUCGACUUGUCAAAAGUGAGAACUGGCUAGCCGUAUAGGUGAUUUUGGAAAUUUUUUUGACGAUUUCGCUAAAAGCCCACACGUGCUUUGAUCGUCCUGAAUAUUGAAUGAGUGCAAUUUGUAUUGCAAAAUUGUGAAACACUGCAUUCUGUCCGAGGUCUGUAUGAUGAAAACGGCGCAGGUGUUUUCCAGGCCUAAUCUACUGUGAUCAAGAGCCAUUAUGGCUCUUAAAUGUGAUCGAAGAUGAUUGCUAUUUUUUGGGUGUACAUAUAAAGGCUAUCAACUCGAUGUAAGAUGAAGUUCACUCUUAGCUUGGACUGUUUGCAAAUUAUUUUUCUCGAAAAUCACGUAGUCUUUCCCUCAAAAGUCACAUGAAUGUGCUCUAAAGUUAACUGAUUUGUGGAAUACAAGUUUAUUGUUUGAUUUGAAUUAUAAAUUCGAGUUAAUAGGAGCUUCGCUUUUAGCCCUGGCUAAAUCUAUAUAUUAACUAAUGCUGACGGAUAUAUAGUACACAAAAGGAACGUCAUUUGACUCUCCCUUGCCUCAAAGUUGAGUUUGACGGUUCUUCUGCUACGAGUAUAGUAACUGCUCGUAGAAAAGUCAUUUCAUCCUCGUUGUCGUUGUUGUUUACCGCAGAAACUUUGCUUCAUUCUGCAGACUUUUCUAAAAGACAGAUCUAGAGUUUUAUAUUUCAGUCGAGGACCUUAUUAGACCACGCUUUUCGGACUAAGAUUUCAAACCAGUCUACUCAAUGAUGUGACGCUUAUUUUUUAAGGGAUGAAUGUUUACUGUUUAUGGGUAUUCGAAUUCGUUCUUUACCUCCAAGAAAACCCAUGGAUCCCACAUGCAGAUUUAGGAUCUAUAUAAUAUAUUACUCCUUCAAAUUUAAAAACUUGUCCCUCUAAUUUAAAAACUGCCGGCCAUUGCAACUAAGAUCCCCAAGCAAACCUCACAUGUGUUAGCUCCACGAAAAUAAGAGUUGAAUUGUGAUUGCUUGAAAAAAAACUGACUCAUCAGCUCACGGAAGUCAUUUCCCAGCUCGGGAUCGCAGACGUCCUUUUCUCGGCGGGUGAAACAAGAGCCAAAAAAGUUGUCUGCUCUUGCAGGCUUGGUCAUAGUUUAGGACGACAUAUAUAAUAGGAACGACUGUAAGGGCCGGUUAUUUAAAACAAAGCCCAACUUAGGCCGUGGUUUAAGAAAUCAUUGGGCAUCCAUAUCUCUUUCUAGGUGGGUUAUUUUAACCCUUUGGUGACGGCCGGCGAGUAGCGAAAAAACAGCAUUGUCCACCAAUUCCUCUUCCUUGGACUAGUUUUCGGCUAAUUAGCAUAACUAUGGCUAAAAACGAGUUUUUCGAGAAAAAAGACAUUUUUUUUUAUAAACAGCGAAAUUGGCAGUAGAAUUUUCCCCAAAAUUUUACCUUUUUUGUGAGUGUGACUCUGUCAGCGUUUGUCAGAAUAUCCCAAAACGAAGUAUCGCUGGAAAGAUCUAUCUUUGCUGACGUUGUUGCUUGCCAAUUUAUUAACAUCAGCUGAAAGCUAAAUGGGUCAGGGGAAAAUUGUAUACAUUGUACCAUAUGGGGACGUAUACGACCCUAGUCUACCCUGUUGCUGCCAUGAAACGUUCACCAUAACCGGUGUUAAGAUAAAAGCGUUGAAAAAAUUGAAAAUGGCUUAGAGCACGGUUUUGUCAACCACUGACUAAACUUCGUUUAAAUAACCGGCCUUUGAGUUUUUUAAGACUUUUUAGAAAAGUUCAUUUGAAGGCCCACUGGCUUCCCUGUAGAAUUUGUCUUCAGCUGAGACUAUCUCACGAAAAAAUUAGUUGAAAAUCACGAAUAUCCGGUAAAAGAUUUUAAAGUUCACGUAUCACGAGAAGCAAACCAGUCACAGUUCACGGGUUUUAAUUUCGUAUUUUCACCUUUCACGAAACUUAAAAACACUUAAUCACGUAUCACGCAAUAACCCCUGUACCCCCCUCCUACCUGAAUUUGGGUUUCUGUCAGCUCAACCUGGAAGUUGCGAACGAAGACCGUGUAUGUACUACGGCUUUACGCAUAAGAGUUUUCAAGAAUUCUUCGCAGGACAUUAUCUCUGUUGCCAGCUUGUUAGCAAAGAAACCAGUCCUGAAAAAUUGGUCACUGACACAAGAUAUUUCGGAGAGCUAAGAGAGGUAUUGAAAUUUACCUGCGGUCUGCUUGCAGUGAGGUCUGAAGAAAAUGCAGUAGCCCUUAUCAACUGCAUAGCGAAUGAGGUAAACAAAGCUGAUGUGGAAGAAUGUUUACCUUUUGCACUUGACUGCAUUAAGGAAUGCAAAAUUGAAAACCGUUAUUUUCAUACAGAGCUGGCACGUACACUUGGCGUGUGUCUGGAAGUUCAACAGGCUCAGGUGCGGGAUCAUGGAGUUAAAGAUGACGCGGCUGCUGCUGUACUUGCUGCCGUGCUUGAACCAAACACAAGUCUGACAAAUUUGGAUCUGUCUCACAAUAACAGUGGUCCUGCCGGUGCUGAGUCACUUGCUACAGGGCUUAAAACAAACACAACUCUGACAAAUUUGUUUCUGUUUUACAACAACAUUGGUCCUGCCGGUGCUGAGUCACUUGCUACAGUGCUUAAAACAAACACGACUCUGACAAAUUUGGAUCUGUCUCACAAUAACCUUGGUCCUGGCGGUGCUGAGUCUUUUGCUACAGUGCUUAAAGCAAACACAACUCUGACAAAUUUGUUUUUGUCUUACAACAACAUUGGUCCUGCCGGUGCUGAGUCACUUGCUACAGCACUAAAAACAAACACAACUCUGACAGAUUUGUCUCUGUUUCUCAACAACAUUGGUCCUGCCGGUGCUGAGUCACUUGCCACAGCGCUUAAAACAAACACAACUCUGACAAGUUUGGAUCUGUUUUGCAAUAACAUUGGUUCUGCCGGUGCGGAGUCACUUGCUACAGCGCUAAAAGCAAACACAACUCUGACAAAUUUGCAUUUGCGUGGCAAUAACAUUGGUCCUGCCGGUGCUGAGUCAGUUGCUACAGCGCUAAAAACAAACACAACGCUGACGAAUUUGGAUCUGUUUUGCAACAACAUUGGUCCUGCCUACACAACUCUGACCAAUUUGGUUUUGUAUGAUAAUGACCUUGGCCCUGCCGGUGCUGAAUCACUUGCUACAGCGCUUAAAACAAACACAACGCUGACGAAUUUGGAUCUGUUUUGCAACAACAUUGGUCGUGCCGGUGGUGAGUCACUUGCUACAGCGCUAAGAACAAAGACAACUCUGACGAAUUUGCAUUUGCGUGGCAAUAACAUUGGUCCUGCCGGUGCUGAGUCACUUGCUACAGCGCUAAAAACAAACACAACUCUGACAAAUUUGGAUUUGUCCAGCAAUAACCUUGGUCCUGCCGGUUCUGAGUCACUUGCUAAAGCGCUUGAAACAAAUACAACUCUGAAAAUAUCUUUUUGGCAAGGUGAUAUCAUUAUUAUAUCCGUUCACGAGAAAAUUGAUGAUGCACACGGUGAACGUAUCCCUUUUUUUGUUUCUUUUUGUUUGUUUUUAUCUUGA